CUCUUGCUUUCUCUCCUCAAACACAGUCGAAGCGUUCCAUAAGACUCUUCGCAGUCAGCACUGGUCCAUCAAAGGGAACGGCGUCCCAGACGGACAGAUCGAAGACUGCACGUAUGCAAACCUGACAAGUCUCUGCCUGACCGUCACUGGCGGAACGUCUGGGCUGUCGACUCAUGCCUGCUUAUUGGUAGCGGACUUGUGCGCAUGUGGGCAUCUGGAGUGUUGGUUCUCGCGCCAAUAUGAGGCUGCCUUGGCCACGUCCCUUUAUCCAGGAGCCUGUUGAUACAGUCGACAUAGACUCGAAGCGAUCGAGAGUUCCUUGGUGGGCAAUAUGCCUCUUCUCAUUGUCGGCCGUUGGCUUUGCUCUACAACUGCUCGUGGCCAUUGAAUCAUCAUGGUCUCGACCGAUCACCGCUCUCUGGGGUGUCACAGGAUUGUGCAUCGCCAUUCGGCUCCCCAGAACAGGUUCAAUACCUCUUCUAACAAGCUAUGCUUGUAUCGCAGCAGCUGACUUGGCUGUCGCUGCGUCCAGCUUUGAAUACCAGAGACUCGGGAAUGAUGCAAUAUUCACACUCUCGGCCACGGCGCUCGCGUUGAUUGCACUGGCCGUUGUGAUUCUCAUGCCUUUGCGCGACCCAAUUAUGGACCGGAGCCAAAUCAGCAAGCCCUUCACCGCUCCUACGAGUAAUCUUCGCUCACCAGAGGAUAACAUGAGCUUGUUUCAAUGGAUGACGGUCUCGUGGAUGGCACCCUUGAUGAAGAUUGGCAACAAGCGGCAGCUCCACGACGAAGAUGUCUGGGCAUUACCUUACGAGUUUCAACAUCGACAUCUCCACGAUACUUUCCGUGACCUUCGCGGCACAGUCGUUAGGCGCCUUUUGGUAGCCAACUGGAUUGACCUGAUGCUUCUCUUCCUCUUAGCCAUCCUAGAACUGGUAACGAACUAUUCUGCACCCGUCAUCCUCCAGAGCCUGCUGAAAGCCAUGGAAGGAGUGCAGGCCAAGAAGCAACCGGCGGUCACAUCAGCACUAUUGAUAUUGGUCGUCAGGUUUGUCGCCGCGCAGAGUGCGGUCUUUAGCCUAUGGUUUCAAAGACGAUGUUAUGAACGUUCUCGAGGUGAAAUGAUUACGAUGCUUUACGAGAAGACCCUUCACAGAAAAAUCCUUGGAGGACUACCACAAGACAAGGAGAAGACUAUGGAGCACGCUGCUCAAGGCGAAACUGACCACUCGUGCAAUGAUUCCGUAGAUGCCGUUCCAGAGACUGAGUCGUUGUUGGACGGUCAUACCAAACGCGUGCCGGGGAUUAUGCAACGUGUGCGAAACACCAUGUCCAGAUUUCUGCCAUUUUUAACCUUUGCACGGACAUCGAAAGUCGAGAAGAAACCUCCUGCAUCGAUGGGUAAGAUACUCAAUCUUAUGCGAAACGAUGUUUACGAGGUUGCUCAGCGCUUUUGGGAGUUCCAGAACAUCAUUAACAAGCCAUUGGGACUUGUUCUCUCCAUCGUUCUUAUCUGGCGUAUGCUGGGAUGGUCAUGCAUGGUUGGCGUUGGGGUGGUGCUUUUGGCACAGGUCUUCAACUACAUCCUGGCUCGGAUUCUGAUGAGUUGGGAAAGAGAACGUCGAAAAGCAACAGAUGCCAAGUUACAAGAGAUAUCUCAAUAUGUUGAGGCUAUCAGACAUUUGAGAUGGUACGGCUGGCAUUUUACCUGGCUCGACGGCGUAAUGUCAGCUAGGCAAAAAGAACUCAACCUGAGGAUCGUCACUUAUCUGUGGAACUCCGCCAUCCGGUUUCUCAAUUCCCUUACCAGUGGUUUGGUUCCCGUCGCUACAUUUUAUGCGUACACGGUUUUCGCCGGCAAACAGCUACGAGUCGACGUCGCAUUUCCUGCUCUACAGCUUUUCGCACUCUUACAAACGAAUAUUCGGGAACUUCCCGCGUUGAUCACCACUCUGCUGAACGCUUCAGUCGCUGUUGGUCGUAUAGAAGAUUUUAUUGCGGAACCGGAUAAAGUCGAGACAACCGACAGUCGCCAUGACUCGAACAGUCUCGAGUUAAAGAAUGCCUCAUUUUCUUGGCCUGGUCUAUCGAGUGUGACAUUACACAACAUCACAGUUUCUUUUCCUCAAGGCCUAAGUGUCGUCUAUGGGCCUGUUGCAGCUGGAAAGACAGCUCUUCUUCAAGCCUUGCUUGGGGAGCUUGACCUGCGUGAAGGCGAGCUUUGCCGCCCCGAUGCGCCCAUAGGAUACUGCUCACAGACACCAUGGCUACAAAGCAUGAGCAUCAGAGAGAACAUACUUUUUAACACGCAGUUUGAGGAAGGACGAUACAAGAAAACACUCGAGGUUUGUGCUCUGCUUCCAGAUCUCGCGAACUUCAAGCAUGGAGACCUCUCAAACAUCGGUGAGAACGGUAUUGGACUUUCUGGUGGACAGAAGUCUCGUGUCGCGCUUGCACGAGCCGUCUAUAGCCGUGCGGAGAUCCUUCUCCUAGACGAUCCACUAAGCUCUCUUGACCAGCAAACAGCUGAAUGGAUUGUCACAAAAUGUCUCUGUGGCACACUGAUGGAAGGACGAACAGUAAUUCUGGCUACGCACCGCACGGACCUCUGCCACCAUCUGGCCGCUCAGCUGAUUGAGAUCUCAAAUGGCACUGCCAUUCUGCAUCGAAACGAUGAGGAUCUGACAGAUUCGGCCUCUGCAACGAUCGUCGAAAACACUCAUACGACAACCGAUGAUGAUACUGGAAAAGAUCUUGAGGAUUCAGCUGCUAUUCCAGAUAAGUUUGUGGAAGACGAACACAGAGCACAUGGAGGUGUUCAGUUUGCCGUGUACUGGCAGUACAUCAAAGCCGGCACUCUCAAAUGGUGGUUCAUCGUCGUCUUGACCGCCGCCUUGUGUCGCCUUGUCUACAUCAGUGAGAGCUGGUUCCUGAAAGAGUGGGGUGAAGCAUACGAUCGGAUGAAGGCUCAUAUCUUCACGUUCCAGAGAUUUGACUCUGAUGUUCAUGUUCUCGAGAGUCCAAUCAGCGGUCUUUUCAGCAGAUUUCCUAAUCCCUCCUACAACGUGAAGCCCUGGCUCCUAGGAUUUCUUGUCAUCGUGAUCUGUGACACGGUGGCAUUGAUUCUCGCUCAAGUCUCCAUACUCGUUGUUACAUACAUCGCAGCGCGUCGCAUGUUCAAAGACAUCAUGUACCGCAUCAGCAAUACCACUUUUCACUUCUAUGAUGUGACGCCAGUGGGCAGGCUCAUGAAUCGCCUUACAUCAGACAUGGGAACGGUUGACGGCAACAUUGCAGAUCAAUUUAUGGUCGUGAUAUGGUAUAGCAUAGCUUGGAUUGCUUCCAUGAUCGUGAUCGCAAGUGUAACGCCCCUUUUCCUGGCGUUUGCACUUGCCCUCACGCUAGCUUUUGUGGUCAUAUUUCUGCAGUUUCUGCCCACUUCGCAAAGCCUGCGUCGUCUUGAGAUGGUCUCACUGACACCUCUGAUGUCUAACUUUGGGGCAUUGCUCAACGGUCUGAUGACUGUUCGAGCAUUCUGUGCCCAGCCUCAAUUCCAAGAACGAAACAUCCAGGUCACCGAUGCCUUUCAGAAGAUGGACCAUUUUUAUUGGAGUCUGCAAGCUUGGCUCAUGUAUCGCUUCGAUACCUUGUCGGCCGUGUCAACUUUCAUACUGACCUUAUUGGCCAUAUUUUCCAACUUGUCCGCUGGUCUUACGGCCUUUGUCCUUGUCGCAGCCCAGAAGUUUGUUCAGUCAACACACGCGAUAUGCAAACAGUACGGACAGCUUCAACUCAACUUCGUCUCUGUGGAGCGAGUUGUGGAGCUCAUGCACAUCGAGCAAGAGCCUCCAGGAUCUUUGGAACCCCCUGCGGCCUGGCCGACGUACGGCAGCGAUAUUGUGUUCGAAAAUGUCACCUUGAGGUACCAGCCGCACCUGGAGCCAGCGCUUUCCGAUGUUUCCAUACGACUUCGAGGCGGAACGACGAAUGCCAUCACAGGAAGGACUGGUUCCGGCAAAUCCACCCUGGCGUUAGCGCUGCUUGCUACCAUCACGCCCGACUCCGGCCGCAUCUUGAUCGAUGGUGUCGAUAUCUCAAAGGUCAGCAAGCAAGCCUUGAGAACAAGAGUCACAUUUUUGGCACAAGACCCCGUGUUGUUCCCUGGAUCGCUACGCCACAACCUAGAUCCUCUGGAGGAGCACUCAGACUAUGCGUGUGAGGCUGUAGUCUCCAGGGUCUGCGGAAAGUAUGGAUGGACAUUGGAUACGCAGAUCGACAAUGGCGGUCGAAAUCUUAGCCAAGGCCAGAGGCAGCUUGUUGGACUCGCUCGAGCCAUACUGCGACGGAGUGCCAUCAUAAUCAUGGACGAGGCAACAGCUAGCAUUGACAUUGAAACCUCUGCUGAAAUCCAACGUGUACUGAGGGAAGAGUUACAAGAAAGCACCAUCAUCACUAUUGCUCACCGUGCCGCAGCGGUGGAAAACGCCGACUACUGCGUUACACUAGCUGCUGGACGUGUUCUGAAACAGGGUAGACCUGAAGAGAUUGGAUUUUAGUGUCGGUUCUUUGGCGUCCAAGGCGUGAAAGCAGGUUUUGUAUCAUCGAGAUAAAGGAUAACUAAAAGAUUGCGUUUCCAACCCUCCAAGCGAAGAAGAAGCAGUGCCUGG